AUGCAUCACUCCACUAUUCCUGCAGUCCUGACUGCCCUCCUGGCCGCCCUUCCAGCUGCCCAGGCGGGUCUCUAUCCCAAGAGCUCACCGGUUCUUCAGCUCGAAGGCAAGGACUAUGACAAGUUGAUUGCCAAGUCCAACUAUACAACUAUCGUCGAGUUCUAUGCGCCCUGGUGCGGCCACUGCCAGAACCUCAAGCCCGCAUACGAGAAGGCCGCAAAGAACCUCGAGGGACUGGCCAAGGUCGCCGCCGUCAACUGCGAUGAGGACUCGAACAAGCCGUUUUGUGGCACCAUGGGCAUCAAGGGCUUCCCGACCCUCAAGAUUGUCCGCCCCGGCCUGAAGAAGGGCUCCAAGCCCGUUGUCGAGGACUACAACGGCCCACGAUCCGCCUCGGGCAUCGUCGAGGCCGUCGUCGACAAGAUCAACAACCACGUCAAGAGGCUAUCGGACAAGGACUUCGACUCGUUCCUGAGCGAGAACCCCGAGGCGCCCAAGGCCAUCUUGUUCACGGAGAAGGGCACCACCAGCGCGUUGCUCAAGAGCAUUGCCAUAGACUUUCUGGGUGUCAUUUCUGUUGGACAAGUACGAAAUACGGCAACAAAGGCUGUCGAGACAUUUGGUGUUGAAAAGUACCCUACGCUUGUCCUGCUCCCUGGCGAGGGCAAGGACAGCAUUGUCUACGAUGGAGAGCUAAAGAAGGAGGCUAUGGUCAAGUUCCUGUCCCAGGCUGGAUCACCCAACCCGGACCCGUCAACCGCGAAGCCGAAGAAGGAGAAGGCAUCCAGCCAGCCUUCGUCGGCUAAGACCAAGACCAAGACCUCGACGUCUACCGAGUCCGCUGAGCCGUCAAGCGAGCCCGAAACGCAGGGGACUGAACAAGCCGAGGAUCCAACCAUCCAAAAGCCUAUCAUUCUUGACGUGGCACCCCCAAUUCCAAUCAUCAACACGCCCGAGAAGCUCGUCAAGGAAUGCCUGUCGCCCAAGUCUCACACCUGUGUCCUCGCCUUUGUUCCUUCUGGUCACGGCGAGCAAGCUGAGAAGGCCCUAUCCAGCCUAGCCGAGCUGGCGUUCAAACACGCCCAAAGCAAGCGCCAUCUAUUCCCGUUCUUUGAGGUUCACGUCGAGGAUGCACACGCCAAGGAGAUCCUCCAGGCUCUCGAUCUCAAGGAAGACGUCCAGAUCCUUGCAGUCAACGCUCGCCGCAACUGGUGGCGACACCUUGAGGGGACCGACUUUGGUCACGAGGCUAUUGAGAGCUGGAUUGACCAGAUUCGCAUGAGCGAGGGUACCAAGAAGAAGCUACCCGAGGGCAUUGUCGCUGCCGCAGCUGUGGAAGAGGAGACCAUCUUCGAGGCUACGCCCGAGGCCACAUCAGAGCCAACCCCGGAAGCCACCGAAGAAAGCAGCACCAUAGUCGAGACCGAAGCCCCCGAAGUCACUCCUGAGGCGGAAAGUGAGUCGAGCAGCACCGAGACUUCUACCCCACAGUCCGGCGCUGACCCGGUUCCCGAUGCGAAGACGGGCGAUGAGCAUGACGAGCUAUGA